GCCACGCUUAGAGCACAACAGUACGAUGAUCACGAAGCACAGAUCAACAUUCCGGCUCGAAUGGGAGGAGACAGACGCUCAUCAUUGGUAUAGUACCUAUGUAUGGGUGGAUCUCCCGACCUUCGAACGGGAUUUCAUGAACCGAUUUGACUAUGUUCACCCUGAGCAAGCGCUAUACAUGAUCAAGGACCGAGUGCAAAAACCUCUCGAAUCCGUUGCAGAAUAUCGAAACCGGUUCUACAGAAUGUUCGUGAAGACUGAGCGAGUGAGGCCCGGACAUCAGGAACUCAUCGCACAAGAACUCACGAUCCUGGUAGCGCAGCUGGCGGACGAUCUCCCUCUCGACAUCAUCUCGCAGGACGACGAGCACCCUAUUCCUCACGUGCUUUCUCGCACGUUGAUGCGGUAUCUCCAGUGGUUGGCUUGUGUGGAGGGAGCCGCAGAGCGCAUCCCGCCGUCGCAACAGCAGUAUUUGGAUCCCCGGACGGUUUGCGAUCCUGCCUUCUUCAGGCAUCCAACGGCAGAGCAGCUUGCUGCCAUUCGAGAGGAGGAAGAGGAGGAAGAAAGCACUGAGAGUGACGAAGGAGAAGACGAGCGGGAAGAAAGUGGGGAAAGCGACGAAGUACUCAGGGAAGAGGACGAAACCCCCAAAGAAGGAAGCUAUAGCGAGCAUAGCGAGGGGGAGCAGAGCGAAGAAGAAGAAGAAGAAGACGAAGGAGAAGAGGAGAACGAAGAAGGACCUGCGGAAUCGGAGUGGGAAGCAGUGCCGGAAGAAGCGCUGCGCACGGGCACGGAGGCUGAAGAUCCGGAGGCGGCCCGCAAAAGGGAAGAAACCGCGGUCGGGAAGAGGAAGCUAGAGUUUGCGAGCGGGGCAAGCUUGCACGCAGGCUUGCGGGUGACCACGUCUUUUCAAAGUCGGUGGGCAAUGGAGGGUGGUGGGGGAGAUGGGCAUGCUGUGUUGACAUCCAUUGAGAAGAUGGCGGUGGUGGCAGCAGUGCUGGCCGUCGUUGCCCGUUGUCAGGUAGACAGAGCGUCCAGCCGCAUGAAGGUGAAGCUAUCGAGGCGCAGGCAAAGGAUGCUGAUACAGCCGAGCGGUUUGAGUUACAAUUGCGAGGUGUUGAUCAACAACCUCUUGAGCCAGAACGGCAAGAUGAUGAGUUUUCUGAAGUCGCCAGGUUACAGCAGGUGGAGGCCCAGUGGUUCAUCGAACACCACUGGUGCUUUGGGGAAGAUUUCGAAACCUGUGAGCAGCACUGGAGGAGGUGGUGGAGGUAGACCAGAUGUGACGGGGAGUCUGAGGCCGCCGCCAGCUGCUGAGCCCGCAACUGAAGUCAUUCGGUCACUGACUGGCAGACCUGGUCCACCUCCUGGCUCCGAAACCUCCCGCUCUGGAAGACCUGGUCCACCUCCUGGAUCGGAAACCCCCCGCUCUGGAAGACCUGGUCCACCUCCCGGAUCGGAAACCCCCCGCACAGCUCAGGUUGCCAACGACCCAGGAACGCGGAGUGCAAGCACUGCGAGCACCGCAAGCGGCACAAGCGACACAAGCGGCACGAGCGGCACGAGCGGCACAAGCACCAAGUCCACCGCCCUGCCUCCAAGUGCGCCGCUUUCACGGACUAUCAGCCUGCAGAGUACUCCGUCGAAGCUGACGUCAGGUGGCGGAAGGACAGGGCCAUCCACGGAGGUCAUACGCACAAAGACAUCCACUGGGCUUAUUCGGACAAUCAGUUUGGGAUCGAGUGCGAAUGAUCGCCGUGACAUGACGACUGGCUCGUCGAAGAACACGAGCUUCGUGUCGAGCAUCAGCGGUGGCGGUGCAGACACCGAGAGUGACGAGCCGGACACACCUCGCAGCCGAAGUCUUAUGGCGAAGGAGUUUGCGGAGCUGGCGCUUCAGCAACAACGACUUCCGGCAUCCACCCGAGACAUGCAAACGGGUUUCGAGAGGGGCCAGUGUGCAGCAGAAGCAGCGUAUACAAAGGUCAUGAGCGAGCCCCCGGGUGGGAAGGGUGGCUCUCAGCAGGGGUUGGAGUUGCUUCAUUCUUUGAGAAAGAAACUCACCGACAUGGAGCUAAGCGGCGCACCCAUUCGGAGGGAAGAUGUGACGAGCGCAGUAAACUCAGCGGAUGCUCUGCUUUCACAGUGGGCUCUCCGCGACAACGAAAUCCAGCACGAGAAGGUGGAAGUGCGGAAGAUGGCAGCACUGUUUAAGCAGGCGAACGAGGAAUCGAAGAGAAUGGUGGAAGAGGCACGGAAAAUUGCCCAGGAUGAGAUUCGUAUGGCAAGAGAAAAGGUGAAAAGGGCAGAGGAGAUAGCACGCGGCGUGGUGGCAUCGCGGCCGGAUGAAGUGGACCCCGAAAUGCAAAGGCUAAAGAUGGAGGUGAUUGAGGCGAGGAGAAUCAAAAUGCUACACCAGCCGACAAUGGUUUCGCAUCUAGAACUGCAAGUCACAGGUCUCCAGAAGAGCCUUCUGGACAAAUGCCAGGAGGUAGUCAAACUUAGACGAGAGAUCGACUUGCUGAAAAACCCGAGGAAGAGGCCGCUCCCAUAUAAACUAGACGGCUUGGAGUUCCUGGGGUCGAUGCUGUCCAUCGUGCCCACAGCCCCCGAAGGUCAACUACCCUACCCUUGUGAAAUUCAAUGGUAUCGCGUUCAUAAGGACGGAAGGGUGGAGAGCAUUGCCGGGGCGACAGCCGCAGCGUAUGCGCCUGAGCCGAAUGAUGUGGAAUGCCAGAUGAGAGUGACAAUCAAGUACGGCAACAACUCACGUAAGAUGGAGAUCCUAGAGAGCUCCGGACCGUUGGAUCCUUGCCCGGGCCUAGACCAGUUUGUGGACCUUCUGUACAAGUAUGGGACCGCGCAUUUCAAUGUGGUUGUACUGGAGCAAACUCCGUUCAGCGGAACACUUGUCGAUCGGAAAGUCGCCCAUGUGUUCGAGAUAUCCAAAGAUAGAGUCAAGCUGAGGAAAGGAAGGGUAGCAAAGGCAAGGGAUCCGUACAGUCCGGGAAUGCAGCUGGGAGGCGCGAGAGGAAGUUCGGAGAGCGCAGCGCAAUCGAUCCUUUGGCAGACAAGGGGGAAGGAGUUCCUACUGCAGAUGGAGAGCGAGAGGGAGAGGAAUGCGGCAAUCCUGCUGGCCCGGCGCUUUGCUUCGGAGUUCAAGUACAAGCCCCCUCCAAGCGGUGAGUCAGGUUACAGCAGUGAUAACUAUACUUCGUAUGCUGGCAGCGAGAGUGGGUCUGUGAGAGGUUGAGUAGCGCCUCGUGUACUCUGUGUGGAGUUUGUGGAGUGGACGCAGACGGUGUUGUUGUGUUUUCUCCUAUUCUGCUAUAAUUUU